AUGACUUUCCAUCCCGAAUCUCUCCCUGAUCUCAGGGGCAAAGUUUUCGUAGUUACAGGUGGAAAUGCCGGCAUAGGUUAUUACACCGUAGCCCAUCUCGCAAAACAUGGUGCACACGUUUACAUGUGCGCCCGAUCCCCUGAAAAAGGCGCAGCAGCCAUCGACAACAUGAAAAAGGAAUACCCGUCAGCCAAUAUCGACCUUCUGAUAAUGGACCUUAUGGACCUCUCCAGUGUUGUCACGGCAGCCAAUCAAUUCCUCGCUUCCGAAACAGUUCUACACGGCCUGGUUAACAAUGCUGGCAUAAUGGCUACGCCCUUCGAAAUGACAAAAAAUGACCAUGAGGCUCAAUGGCAGACUAAUUACCUUUCACAUUGGGUUUUGACAGCGUACCUGCUUCCUGUAAUGUUGCGGACUGCCAAAACGCUUCCUCCUGGUGGGGUCCGCAUCGUCAACGUCAGUUCCUCAGGUCAUUUGGGCGCACCUAAAGGCGGGAUCAAUUUCGACGAUCUAUCACUUAGUGAUAGGGAUCCUUGGCAGCGAUAUGGACAGAGCAAGCUCGCAAACAUCCUGCACACCAAGACCCUACAUAAGAUGUACGGGCCCAACUCCCCCAGUGCACGGAACGGGGAGGGCGAGAUCUGGGUUUCAGCUGUACACCCAGGUCUUGUCGAAACAAAUCUCGCCACAUCGGUUGAAAAUUCAGGGUCAUUAAUGACGAUAGUGAUUUCUCUCUCGCGCAUGCUUGGGUUAUUAUGGUCGGCCGACAAGGGCUCCUGGUCCAGUUUGUUUUGUACAGCAAGCCCCAAUAUGACGAUAGAGCAGUGUGGGACGUAUCUAGAAAUUUUCUCGCGGUUUGGGGAACCGUGGUGGGAGAGCGGCGCGGCGAAGGAUCAUGUUCUUGCAGAGAGAUUAGAAGCAUGGACUGAGGAGGCGAUGAAGAGAGAGGGGUGGAUUCAAUGA